UUACUGCCGAUCUUGAGUUUUCUUAGUUCGAUUCACUGUCUAAUCGCUCAUUCUUGUUCUUGAUUACCCAUUUAUUUAUUCGAAACAUCUUUUUGGAAGAUUCUUUCUUUUUCGAUCCCUGAUUCGGAUCCCUAGAUCGCCGGAUAUGGAAAAAGAAGUUUAUCUUUACCUUUUAGAAAUUUGGUCUCAGAUUCAGUUGUGAAAUUCUAGCGUUUUCAAAGCUAUCAGUUCAUAUUGGGGGACUUUCGUGUUGCAUGAAUUUCUCCAGGCAAGUUUCCGUUGGAGAAAGACUGCAGCCUUGGUAGCAGAUACACGGCAUCUUUAGGGCUUUGUUCUUCCGAACAUGUUAAUUUCCUCGCAGAAGGACUAAGUGGGAAGAGAUUUAAAGACAAUUGUUUAUAUAUUUGAUAAUGGAGCCGUUAUGGAAGCUCGCAUUUUUGCUGGAGCCUGCUCCGGUCACUCUUAUACUAACAGCAGUAGCAGUGACCUUUGGAUCGGCACUUCGAGCUCUGAAUUAUGGGAAAGAAAUGGAGCGAAACCGGGAUUUGUCAGAGGCAUCCAUCACAUUAGAUAGUUCCCAAGCACUCAUGAUCCCAGUAAUGAGCUCUUGUAGCCUACUGCUUAUGUUCUAUCUCUUCUCCUCUGUAUCGCAGCUACUUACAGCCUUCACAGCAGUGGCAUCUGCCUCUUCCCUCUUCUUCUGUUUAUCUCCAUAUGUCACAUAUUUCAAGGUACAAUUCGGCCUGGUGGACCCUUUUGUGUCGCGUUGCUGUUCGAAGCCAUUCACUCGAUGUCAGGGGAUACUUGUAUUACUGUGCACAGGGAUCGUUGUAGCCUGGCUUGUUUCUGGGCAUUGGGUGUUGAACAACUUGUUGGGAAUUUCAAUUUGUAUUGCGUUUGUUAGCCAUGUUCGUCUUCCAAACAUCAAAAUCUGUGCACUGCUUCUUGUAUGCUUGUUUGUGUACGAUAUAUUCUGGGUUUUCUUUUCAGAGAGAUUAUUUGGUGAAAAUGUCAUGGUCUCUGUUGCCACACAGCAAGCAUCUAAUCCUGUUCACACAGUGGCUAAUACUUUGAGCCUUCCAGGGCUGCAACUGAUUACUAAGAAACUGGAGUUGCCCGUAAAGAUCGUCUUUCCUAGAAAUUUGUUGGGUGGAAUGGUUCCUGGAGCUAAUGCAACAGACUUCAUGAUGCUUGGGCUUGGUGAUAUGGCUAUCCCUGCCAUGCUUCUUGCAUUGGUGCUCUGUUUUGAUCAUCAGAAGAGCAGGGAUUCAGCAGGAAUGUUAGAUAUAUCUUCUCCAAAAGGACACAAAUACAUAUGGUACGCACUUCCUGGAUAUGCUAUUGGACUUGUAUCUGCUUUAGCGGCUGGGAUCUUGACUCAUUCACCCCAACCAGCCCUUCUGUAUCUGGUGCCAUCAACUUUGGGACCUGUUGUUGUCCUCUCAUGGCUGAAAAAGGAACUCUCAGACCUAUGGGAAGGGACAACGCAAAACCUCAAUGAGAAGUCUCGUUUGCCAGAGGUUUAAGCCACUUUAUCUUCAGCAUCCACCACCGGCAUAGAUGUACUGGUAGAGCCAACCUAUACUGUAAAUUCCCCUCCGGGUAGCUCUGUCUUUAUCAGAGGAACCUAACCAUAGAAAUAGCAAUUUAAUGUUUAUCAAAUAGUAAUUAACUUUCUGAUAUUUGACUUCACCAUAUGUUCUUGCCUGAAAUG